AUGACAAACAUUACACUUGAACAAUGUUGUACAAUUAUAAGCACUUUAUGGAGCAAUGGCGUUCAUGAUGCCAAAACUUUGCACAAAUUAACCUCUAUCCCACGCUUUACGGUAUAUGACUAUGUCAAAAAACUUAAAAAUGAUAACACUUUAAACCCCUUACCUCGCUCCAGUAGACUAAAGAAACUUUCUUCUAAAAAACGUCAUUUUCUUGGUCGUCUCAUUUCAGCAAAUAGAUAUUAUACAUGUACUGAACUUGCAAACAUUUUGAACGAAAAUUAUACCAACCUUAACGUAACUGACUAG